CCCCACAUCUCAGCUUCACACAAAAAACAGAGAACGGCCUUCACUACGCGUUUCACCUCUCCACUAAUGUCUGACCUCCAUUCCCCAGGUGUACCGGCUCCUCCCCUUCAGUCUUGCACAGGUGUACAGGCUCCUCCCCUUCAGUCUUGCACAGGUGUACAGGCUCCUCCCCUUCAGUCUUGCACAGGUGUACCGGCCCCUCCCCUUCAGUCUUGCACAGGUGUACCGGCUCCUCCCCUCCAGUCUUGCACAGGUGUACCGGCUCCUCCCCUUCAGUCUUGCACAGGUGUACAGGCUCCUCCCCUUCAGUCUUGCACAGGUGUAUGGCUCCUCCCCUUCAGUCUUGCAAAGGCGUACUGGCUCCUCCCCCUUCAGUCUUGCACAGGUGUACCGACUCUUCCCCUUCAGUCUUGCACAGGUGUACCGGCUCCUCCCCUUCAGUCCUGCACAGGUGUACCGACUCCUCCCCUUCAGUCAUGUACAGGUGUACUGGCUCCUCCUCCUCAGUCUUGCACAGGUGUACCGGCUCUUCCCUUCAGUCAUGUACAGGUGUACCGGCUCCUCCCCUCCAGUCAUGUACAGGUGUACCGGCUCCUCCUCCUUAGUCUUGCACAGGUGUUUUGGCUCCUG